UCUUUCAGUCGUCCAUCUUUGUGCGGGGCAUUCAUCUUUCUGUCGUCCAUCUUUGUGCGGGGCAUGCAUCUUUCUGUCGUCCAUCUUUGUGCGGGGCGUCUCACAGACUGACGCUGUGCCGACUCCGAGUGGAGCAACAAAACACUACGAGCUUACGAUCUAAAAACAAAGACCUGCGCUGAUCCUACUUCGCUGCUUUCUCUUGCUAAAGCUCGACAUGUACUUUAACCGCGGUUACCCUGUCAUCGCCUUCUGCGCUCUCGUCGGGCUAAUUCUGGGUUCAGAAGAUGGCGCGGAUCGCCCGGUUACCGGAGCUCCGGGAUCCGCGGUCCGUCUGUCGGAGUCAGACCCCGGGGUUAUGAAAGCAGUCAAAUUCGCAGAGGAACGAUAUAAUAUGGGCUCCAACGCGAUGCAUAUACGACGUGUUAACAAAAUCCUUUCGGCCAGCAAACAGCUGGUAAAAGGUGUUCGGUACAGUAUUAUGGUUGAGAUCGGAAACACUCAGUGUAAGAAAUCCCUAAAGCUGAGUGGUGUGGACACCUGUGACUUUUUCCCAGAGCCUCACAAACAGAAGACGGAGGUUUGUUUGUUUGAGGUUUGGGACAUUCCCUGGGAAAAUAAAUCCACCCUACUUAAACAGAAAUGCCAGCCUGCGGUUUCCAAGGAGCUCAGAAAGGUUGCAGCCAUACCUCUAACCUAUGGCAAACCCAUGAAGGAAACUGUGGAGCUUCGGACUGAGUUUAAAAACUUUAUGAUCACAUACAAUCGAACAUACAGCUCCCAAGAAGAGGCAGAGAAGCGUCUGCGCAUUUUCCAGGAGAAUAUGAAAACGGCUCAAACGCUGCAGUCUCUGGAACAGGGCUCAGCUGAGUACGGGGUCACCAAGUUCAGUGACCUCACAGAGGAUGAGUUCAGAAUGAUGUACCUGAACCCAAUGCUGAGUCAGUGGAGCCUGAAGAAGGAGAUGAAGCCAGCGACUCCGGCUAGUAAGGCUGCUCCUGACAGCUGGGACUGGAGGGAGCACGGGGCCGUCAGUCCUGUGAAGAAUCAGGGCAUGUGUGGCUCCUGUUGGGCAUUUUCUGUGACUGGAAACAUUGAGGGACAGUGGUUCAAGAAAACCGGGCAGCUUCUUUCCCUCUCUGAGCAGGAAUUAGUGGACUGUGAUAAACUGGACCAGGCGUGUGGAGGUGGACUGCCGUCUAACGCUUACGAAGCCAUCGAGAAGCUUGGAGGUCUUGAGACAGAAACGGACUACAACUACACAGGACACAAGCAGAGCUGCGAUUUCUCUUCAGGGAAGGUGGCCGCAUUCAUUAACAGCUCUGUUGAGCUUCCUGACAAUGAAAACGAGAUUGCUGCUUGGCUGGCUGAGAACGGUCCGGUCUCUGCUGCACUCAAUGCUUUCGCCAUGCAGUUCUACAGAAAGGGAGUGUCUCAUCCUCUAAAGAUCUUCUGCAACCCCUGGAUGAUUGAUCACGCUGUGCUAAUAGUGGGAUUCGGACAACGUGAUGGCGUUCCAUUCUGGGCCAUCAAGAACAGCUGGGGAGAGGACUAUGGAGAGCAGGGUUACUAUUACCUGUACAGAGGAUCCAGACUGUGUGGAAUCAACAAGAUGUGCUCAUCUGCAAUUGUGAAUUAGACUCACACACUCAAACACACACACACACACACAGAGAGAGAAAGCAAGCAAACA